GUGAAUUGCAAGUGUUUGAACUCUCAGUAUUUUGACGGCACAUGUAAGACCAGUAAGUAACAAAUUCCUUGAAGGACAUAAUUUUCCUCCUCCGUCAAUAUAAAAACAAGAACAUAAUAUUAGAAAAGUAUAUGAAUUCAUUGAUCACGUAUUGCAAAAUGCAAUUGUAUGUAUAAAUAUAUAUUUAUCAUAAUUAAGUUAUGUAAUUGUUAGAGUUAAGACAAUGUUUGAAUUUACACUGCUAAUUUAAAAAACAUAAUACCAGUUUGCAUUUAAUAAAUAUGUUUAUGGAAGCCGAAUAUAUGAGGAGCAUUUUCUCAAAAUAUUUUGAAUAAGUGAUCUUGAAUGUCAUCUUACAACUUUAAAUCAAACAAAAACUAUGUUUAACAUUUAUCAUAGUAUGAAAGUACACAUUGUGUUUUAUGUUAUUAUGGGAGAAUUAAAUUAAAGUGUUAAUAUUUAGGAAAUUUAUCAAUGUAUUAAAAAAUGUGCCUACUUUUGAAAUUUUUUAAUAUUUACUUUUAUAACAAAAUGUUUAUUUCAAUAAGAAAAAAACAUAAAUCAUCUAUACUAAAUAAUUUAAAUUCAAACAAUUUUAUAAAAGGUUAGCUAUAUGAAAUUUAUUGUUUUUUAAUACUAGUUAAUCAUAAUUCCAUUUAAAGUAAGACUUAUUUAAAUCUAAAGAUUAUUUACGGGAUCAUCCAAAUAUUUAUUGAUAAAACAAGUCUAAAUUUUUUCAGAUAUAAUUGUCGACUUUCAAGUUUAAGCGGCAGUCACAUAAAAAAAAAAAAAAAAUACUAAUACUAACAUUUCUAGAUAUUUGUUUCACAAGAUCAUUUUGUUAAACUAAAAACUUACAUAUAAAUCUCUUUCUUAACGAUGCGGGUAACCAUCUCUAUAAAUUUAUAAAAAAAACUUUUUUAAAAAAAUGUUAUUGUAUUAUAUGAUUAAUCGUAUCCGGAAAUUUGAUCGACAGAAAUUUCGUCGACAGUAAAUUGGACGACGGUAAUAUGAUCGAACGUAAAGUUGGUCGAAUCUUCUUUUCAAUUUUUAUGUUACAAUUUUGAAUCAAAUUUCUUUUUGAACGAAUUAUUUUGUUUUACUAAAUAUUAUAGUGCGUUCAAAAAGAAAUUUGAGUAAAAUGUUAACUUGCGAACAGAAAAAAAGAUUCGACCAAAUUUCCGUUCGAUCAAAUUACCCUCGAUCAAUUUACCGUCGACGAAAUUUCUUUCUAUCAAAUUUCCGGUAACCAUGAUUAAUACAGGACCAUCGUAUGGUGGGAAAUGUUCAACGGCCAUACCUUGUCUCAACAACAUGGAAUGUAUAAAUAGACGCUGUGAAUGCACGGAAAAUCAGUUUCUAGAUGUUGAUAAUUUUUGCAGAGCAAGUAAGUACUGCUUUUAACAUUGUUUGAGUAAUUGUAAUGUAGGCUAUUGAAUAAUCACAACAGGCCUUGAAGACUUGCGUUUAAGCCGCGAAAAGUAAAUAAAUAUAGAGCAGGAGAUGUCUUGUUUAGCGUCAGUGAACCAUACUGUCAUGCCAUUUUUUUUUAUUUUCAUUUAUUUUUCUAGACCAUAAAAAAUUAGAUUAGUAAACAGUUUCUCCUGCUUUGGAAGCACUUCCAAAGCGCUACCAUUGUUGACUUAUUUUUGAAAGAGCAAGUGCAACCACUAACAAAAUGUCUAAGACCGUAUUGGUUUUGUUAGAGUUAGCAGCACUAAAAAUGUAGGUAUAAAGGUAUAUUGGUGCCUGUGCUAACUGACAUUCUUAAAUUUAACGUUCGGCAAGCUUCGUUUGGCAAGAUUUUUUGUGAAAAUGUCAGACAGACGACUUCUAAACAAAAUAAUUUUUUAUGGCGAGCUCCAGAUUCAAAGGUUGUUUUCUUGUGGACAGAAGAAAAAUUUUACAAUUAGUUUAAAAGUGUGUCUUGAAGCCUUCCAUAUAAACACGGACUCGCGGAAAGUUGCGUCAAAUUACCGAGCAACAGUAAAAUUCCUAUUAACAGAAAGACUCCAUACAACUGAUAGGCAACAAAAUAGUAGCUUUAGUAUUUAAAAAAAAAAUACCAUUCACUCAGGCAUCCAACAAAUCCAUUACACAUAAUUAACAAGAAUGGCUCGUGCUAGAGUAGGUAACCUGAGACAUCUGAUUAAACACAGACAUAAUCAUAACCAAGACGAAACUGAUGAUUCAAUUAGUCUUGAAUGAUUUCAUCAGAAUGUCUAACAAUAAGUCAGGAAUAUUAUUAUUGUAAGUAUUAUAUUGUAAAAGUGAUAAACAAAUUUUGACGUAGUUACUAAAUCACAUAGUUUAUGACACAUACUAAGAAAACAUUAGAUACCUUGUAGUCGCAAUGCAAAAAGGACAUCUCCUUUUAAAUGAUUUAUAUAAACUCCGCUUUUGUUCGUUUCUUGCAGAUUGGCGGAUUGCAAAAUGUUCAGAAGGUUACUUGACUUAUUUCCCGACAAUCCAUUGAACUGAAAAUUUGCUCGUAGACUCGUAAUGACAACACCUUCUAUAAGAUUUUUGGCCCCACCUUGCAACAUCAACCCCCCAAAAAUUACCCCCUUUUUCAAAAGGACAAUGAAUGAAAUAUGACGAAACUGAUUUCACAACUUAAAUUUACCAAAAACUUUACCUGAUGAGAUUCUUAUGACAUGUGCGUUAGGAGCUUAUUUUCUUUUGUUUAUCUGAAAUAGUAGGUGAAAUACAUUUGCGUGUAAAAGCACAUGGACCAUUAGAAUAAUAAUUUUGUUUAGGGGCGUGAAAAAAUGGCGCUUUUGAGCUUUUGUGGGCAGGACUAAUUGGGACUCAGUUUCUUCAGGUUGUUACUUGCUCGAUAUUACAUUUUAUAAAGGAUGAAUAGAAAAAAUACUUUGGUUUUUAUGGAUUGUUUAAUUUUUAUUUAUUAAAAGACUUCUUAUUUCAGUUUGGUAUUUGAUACAACAGCACUGAUUGCAAACAAAUGUAACAAUGAUCUUUAUUUCAAUGUUUCACUUUUUAUGCCACAUCUCAGCGUAACACAGGAAGAAGCGUAAAAUAACAGUAGCGACAUAAGUAAAUUUGAUUGAGAAAAAAUGUUUUAGCUAUUACUUGGGUAUUGAAAAGCAUAUAUAUAUCAGAGACAUUGUCACAAGGUAUCAGUACAUUGUUGAUUAUUAUAUUUCAUUUUUCAGUGGUUGAAAUUUAAUUUUUUUGUUUUUGAAUUCGUAAUUAAUUCCCCACCCUCCAGGGAUGGACUAUAACAGUGGAUCAUGUGCAUCUAAUUCUCAAUGUAAACCGAGCCUGACAUGCAAUAACGACUUAUGUGUGUGUAAUUCUACACAAUACUAUGAUACGAAUGACAUUAUCUGUAAAACAAGUAAGUAGAUAAUAUAUAAGUGAAUUGUAGAUACAUUUUCCACAUUUAGAUUGCAUUAAAGAAAUACGAGUUUACCAAUGGCAUUGGCUCGAGAUGGAAAUUGUGCUGGAAAUAGAGAUUAGUAAUAUUUUGCGUGUGUGUUCAAUUUAAAGGAGCAAAAAUAUGUAUAUAUUUUUUUUUAAUGUUGUUUGGUGAAAUAUAUUGUUUCCUAAAAUAUUUGUAAAUAAGAAAAAACAAGUAAUGAAAAAAUAUGUUUUUUAUCUUUAUGAAGAAUAGUUUAAGUAUAUUUUUAUUAUUUAUCAGUUUCAUGUGUUGAUUUCAUAAGUAGCAAUUUGAUAUAAAUUGAUUUCAAUUAUCUGCUUAACUGUCCAUUUUAAACAGGCAAAUCUUACGGAAUGGCAUGCACGACAACUGGAG